AUGCGUAUUAUUUGUACAUGUUUUGUAAAGAAUAUUUUUUCACAUAACUCUACAUGGACCGCGAUCCGUAAUCCUAUUCGUAAUAAGUGGCUAAUGAGGUCUUCUUCCGCAAAAGUCAGCCAUGACCAUGACCGCACAGAAAAAUUUGAAACCGUAUUUUCAUUUCCAUUUGUACGGCAUAUAGCUACAUUCAAUAGGAUGAAACUGUAUCAUUUAAUUGGCACUUCUUUCGCCAUACCAGGCUGUGGCUUAUUGCAGACACUUAGUGUUUUACCUGAAAAUUCUUUCCUUGCAGCUUCAUACAUAGGUGUUACUGGCGGAAUCCUAUUUUCUUUGGCAAGUUUACUACUCAACAAUGCAAUUGGAUUUCUGUACAUCAGUGAAGAUAAUAAACUGAUUAAAAUAUCAUCAGUAGAUUUCUGGGGCCGAAGAAGAGAUCGAAUAGUGUCUGCAGAUGAAUGGAUACCCCUUCUUGACAUGAACCAAAAGAUAACGGAUGCAAUUUAUCUUUCCCCCCAACUUACUGAUGGUACUAAGUAUAAGCUGUUUAUAAAAUUCGGAAACAUCCUUAAUUCCACAAAAAUGGGACAGGUUAUAGAAUAAGCUUGGAUUAAACUAUAUUAGAAUUAAAAAUAAAAUUUGUAAAAUA